AUGUUCGCCGAGCCAGCGUCAAAACGAAAACGUCUAAAUUCCGGCGAUUCCCUAGUCGUUGAGCGAACAAUUGAAAUUCAAGCAGACUCGCCAUCAACUUCAAAGACUUCGAAACCCGAUGUACCUAUAAAAUGGAUAAUAAAUGGUGUAAAUCUCGAAGAACGAAUAGCGAAACUUCGCGAGGAAAUCGCAAAACACGGCAGUUCUGUGAUCCCGCUAGUAGAUCCCCGCGACAAAUCAGUAUUCAGAUCAGAAUUUCGAAAAAUGGCUUCUGCCGUGGAAGUUGUCGAAGCCGCCAUGGCGCAACAAACCAAGCAAAUAGAAUGGAUGAAAAACGCCGAAGUCUUAUUGGAUCGCGAUACGGCGAAUCUUCAAAAGCGCUGCGAGCAUCUCGUCAAAGAAGUCGAUGAGUUGCGCAAUCAGCUAGUCGUUUUAAACUCGAACAUCACCGCGCAAACGCAGCGCGCCGUCCAAGCCGUCGUCGACAUCCGGUGCGAGGAGAAUCUGUUGGACGUGUUCGAUUGCAACGAGAAUCGCGACGAGCUCUAUGAGAAAUACCGCAGUAUCAGUCGGCUAUGUGAAUACACGUUUCGAUCGUUCGACGAGAUAAUGGAGAAGACGAAGGUUUUCAAGUUGCGGCUAGUCGCGUUGAAGCGAAAAUUGAAAAAAUAUACUGAUCAAGCGAAGAGUGUGAGCUCGCCGAACGAGCCGCCAACUCUCGCCAGUAUUCUCGCCAAACUCGACGAGGACGAUUUAAUCAAACUCGACCAACUGUGCCAAUCUUGA